GCUAUUAGGUAGCAGCAAAUCUAUUAUUGGAAAAAUUACACAACUCAAGUUCAUGGUCGAACAUUCCCUCUCAUUCAUAUAAAUAGUCUGUCACAUAUCUGUAUCCUGUAUUCUGUAUUCUGCAUUAUAAUGUCAUUAAUGAGUGGUGAUAAUAUCGAGGAAGAAAUUUUUUCGUUAUAUAAUGCUCAAAAGUGGAAAGAAAUCACUACUUUAUCUUGUACAACUAAUGAACUCAGAAGAUUAUCAUGGGUAUUACCAGAUAUAGAUGAUUUGUAUUGGAUGAAUAAUAUUAUACAAAAGUAUAAUCUAUUUGGAAUUGCAAGUAUUGGUUGUGGUUGUGGAUUACUAGAAUGGUUAUUACAAAAAUAUUCAGGAUUAGACAUUAUAGGUAUAGAAUUGGAUAGUUCCUGGUGGAAUAGCAAAUAUUCUCCACCUAAAUUCUUGAAAAAUAUAAUUUUUGUUGAGAAAGAGUUACCGAAAAUUCAGAUACCAAAACGAUAUGCCAUGUUAUUUUGCUAUUUUAAUAACAGUACUGCAUUCUGUAAUUAUAUAGAAAAUUACAAAGGAAGUUUAAUUCUCGUUAUUGGACCUAUGGAAGGAUGUAAUUGUACAACAGAUCCACUACCAUUUGAUAAAAAAUUUGAACAAUAUAAUUGGAAAUUAAUAGAUAAGAAAAAACUUGUACGUUCCAAAGAUUAUAUUACUGCAUACAUUAAACAAAAAAUGAUUAUAAUGUAAAAAAGAUAAAAACUAUAUAAAUUAUGAAAUUAAAUAGUACUUCUUUUUAGCUAUACAAAAGAAAUAAAUUAAAAAAAAAUUUAUAAGAAAAUCUGCAAACUAUGAUUUGCGUGCCAUAUUGUAAUUUGUAUUUGCGCGCGCAACAGUUCCUUAGUCGUUAUUGGUUGCUGGACAUGCGAUAAUAAGAUCAAUGGCGAAUAUAAAUAUAAUAAAUUGUAAAUUUUAUGUAUAUAAUAUAUAUCUACAUUAUAAUAUAAAAAUUCUAUUAAA